AUGCUUUCGACCCAUGGGCGCGACCGCACCGCACUCCAGCACGCAAUUCCUUUUCAGCUGGCGCGCAAGCACUACCUGUCAAAACGUUAUUGUCAGGCCAGGUCCAGCGCUCUCGGCCAUGACGUCGCCAUUGUGCUGAUCGUGCUCGGAAUAUACGUCGAAAAUCCGAUGAAGGAUAUCCAGUCACCGAUAUUCGCGCGCAGUUGUCAACGUCCGAGUGCAGCUUCGGUAGCCCAUACUCCUUAUUACGUGGACGCGUCCAUCGCCGCAAUCGGAGACGCCUUCAUCAACGUUGCAAGCAUGUAUACUCAUCGUGCAGGUCGAGAGGUGAACGCGCAUCAGUUGUCUCAUGUGCUUAACCACGUCCUUGCCCCUCAUCAUCACGGCCGUGGUCAUAGUUUUAAACGUCCGUUUCGGUUCAACUUCUAUGCUGGAGAAGCAGAGACUCACUGGCGGCUUCGAUGUUACUUCUCACAGACUUCACAUGCGAUGUGA